AUGUCACCGAAUCUUUGUGAGAUAUGUCAAGAGUUCGAUCUUCGAAAGCUCUUCCUUGAUUCCGCCGCCCAAAAUGCGACAUCAGCCAAGGGAGCAAUAAGUGGAUAUCAGAGUGUUGAUCUGCAGGUACGGCCUGGUCUACCGGAGUUUUACAAGCACCAUAUAAGCACCGCCGCUCUAAAAGCUUCUUCAGAAGUUGGAUGUGAAUUUUGUGUUCUGAUAUGGACGACUCGAUCAAAGAAGGAGCAAGAUAUAACUGUAGAUAAGUGGCUUGAUGAGAACGGUCAGGGUCAGAUUUUCAUUGGAACAGGAAGUUCUAGUGUUGCAAAACGUGAGAGUCCUUACGUUUUGGUGUCCCAACGACCUGCAAAUAGUUCUCCGCGGAACCUAUGCAAUCUCGAAGUAUUUGCAACUCCAGAUAGUACCGUACAUCAGGAGAGCCCUUUUAUUGGAAGGCCGAUAUUCGCGCAAUCAAAUUCUCCAGAUUGCUACAAACUGGCGAAACAAUGGUUGAGAGUUUGCUCAAGAGAUCAUAAGGAUUGUGGACCCAUCAAAACUCGAUGUCCUACACGCCUCAUUGAUGUAGGCUCUUCAUACACUAAUCCAUUUUUGGAUGAUAACCCCAAUCGUGGUGACGUUGAAUGGGUAGCCCUUAGUUAUUUAUGGGGUGGCAAUGGUUACCUGAAAUUGGAACAGUCAACAUACCACAGUCUUAUAAGCGGUAUUCCGGUGACUGAUUUUCCGGCUACCUUACGAGAUGCAAUUUUGACAACAAGGGAACUCGGUUUGAAAUAUGUGUGGAUUGAUGCUCUAUGCAUCCGUCAAGAUAGCACCGAUGACUGGAAGGCCGAAGUCGGCCGGAUGAGAGAUGUCUACGCAGGCGCGACAAUCACAAUUGUCGCAGCGAAUUCCACUUCGACUAGCGCUGGAAUACACUUUCCUCGGCCAGAAAAUGUGCAGGCCGUUACACGAUGUGAAUUGCCUUGGGACUCCAAUACCAGCGUCUCACUUCGCUUAGUAUCUCACAUAUCUCGUCAGGCUGCUAAGUCUAGUUCUUGGUUCACUCGUGGCUGGACAUUCCAGGAAGGACUAUUGUCACCACGAGCAUUAUCAUAUGGCAGAGAUCAAAUGAUAUGGGAAUGUGCCUAUCAUACGGAGGAUGAGAGUGGCCAUAUCGGACUUCUGGAUCAAAAUUACGACAGUAAAGAUCUUUUACACAAAUUGCGGAAGAAACAAACCAAUAGAAUGAGUCGCGCCAUACAAAGUUUGUCUUUACAGACUUAUGCUCUUUUUUCGGAAUUCGAUAAUCGUAGAGCCAAAUUAGGCUAUCCUUCUAAGAAACUUGCGGCCACAGGGAUUAAUAUGCAAGAAAAUUGGGGAAUGGAUCCAUAUUUGAGAUGGUCUGAAAUGGUGCAACAGUUCUCAAUUAGGAAUCUGACAUAUAUGACGGAUGUUUUACCGGCUCUAUCCGGUAUUGCUCGGGAGUUCUCGAUGAUUACCAAAGAUACUUACAUUUCCGGCAUGUGGAAAUCUUACCUAAUUCCCAGUCUACUUUGGACCAGGAGAGCAUUGAGAAAGAUCAACAAAGUAUCGGAGUCUGAAAUUGACACCCAGUUCUUUACACAUAUUGAUUGGAAGAAGCGCGAAUCUUAUUUAGCUCCUUCGUGGUCCUGGGCAAGCAUCAAUGCCGGAAGCACACAACUAGAACCAUACCCAUUCGCGGAUGCUGCCGUACAUCAAAUAGCAGCCUUAGUCGAUCUUCAACUUCAUCAUUCAGGAACGGAUAUAUUUGGCCCCCUUGAGCCAGAUAGCGCGUUGAUCAUGAAAGGAGUUCUAUUUCCAAUCCACAACCUGGCGGAUUAUUACUGGAGAUUUUCUGACCCCCCUGAGUCACUGCCAAAAUUUCAAGAAAGGCUCGGUAAUGAUGGCAUGGAUAAGAUCUAUUCUGGAUCGUGGCCUGCACUUCAAGAGUACAUUCACGAAUGGAUAAAUGACGCUGACCAUGCAAGUUUUGAAUUCGAACAGCAACAUAUUCCACAUUCAAACCAAAAAUUUGGCGCCUUUCUCCUUGUGCACAUCGAAGGCGUUUCUGAAGAUAAUAAUGGUUUCAAUUUGGACGGCAGUUUAGCAUUCCUUCUCGUCGAAUCAACCGGAAAUGUUGAUAGUGAAUAUCGGAGGGUCGGUGCAAUUAUAAUCCAAAGAUCUAAAGGAUAUCCUACAGGCAAACCGAUCAUGACACUUUCUGAGGCGAAAAAGGCAGAAAAAAGGGGUGAGUAUUCUUGGACGGUACAGCCUGUUUCUCCAAUGGAAAAACUUAUUGCAAAGGUAUGGCAAGAGAGACCAAAAGAAUUCCCAAGCCGAAGCACGAUCCGUUUAGUAUAA